CAGCCCCUGAGCACUCGCCCGGCCGCCGCCUGUGACGAAGAUGCCACCGCUGUGCCGGCGUCCGGGCCGCCGCGUCCUUCUUCUCUUACUGGCCAUGCUGCUGCCCUCGUCACCCCCGGCCCGCGCCCCCGCGCCCCCGGGCCCCGCCGCCGCCCUACUCCAGGCUCUUGGGUUUCCUGACGUGCCCCGGGGCGCCCCCAAGUCCCGGCCCGUACCCCCUGUCAUGUGGCGCCUGUUCCGCCGCCGGGACCACCAGGAGGCCAGGGCGGGCCCUCGGAGGACGCCCCUGGGGGCUACCCUGCGGCCGUGCCACGUGGAGGAGCUGGGGGUCGCCGGAAACAUCGUGCGCCACGUCCCGGACCGCGGCGCAGCCGCCCGGCCCCCGGAGCCCCCCUCAGCUGCGGGACAGUGCCCUGAGUGGACCGUCGUCUUCGACCUGUCGGCCGUGGAGCCAGCCGAGCGCCCGAGCCAGGCCCGCCUGGAGCUGCGCUUCGCGGCUGCAGAGGCGACGGCGGGGACGGCGGGCGGCUGGGAGCUGAGCGUGGCGCCGGCGGGCGCGGGCCCCGGGCAGGUGGUACUCCGCCAGGCGGUGCUCGCCCUGGGAAUGCCGGUGCGCGUUGAGCUGCUGGGCGCCGCCUGGGCCCGCAACGCCUCGGCGCCGCGCAGCCUCCGCCUGACGCUGGCGCUGCGUUCUCGGGCCCCCGCCGCCUGCGCGAGCCUGGUCGAGGCCUCGCUGCUGCUGGUGACCCUCGACCCGCGCCUGUGCCACCCCCUGGCCCGGCCGCGGCGCGAGGCCGAGCCCGCAGUGGGCGGCGGCCCCGGGGGCGCGUGUCGCGCGCGGCGGCUCUACGUGAGCUUCCGCGAGGUGGGCUGGCACCAAUGGGUCAUCGCGCCACGCGGCUUCCUGGCCAACUACUGCCAGGGCAAGUGCGGGCUGCCCGCCGCGCUGUCCGAACCCGGCGGGACGCCCGCGCUCAACCACGCGGUGCUGCGCGCGCUCAUGCACGCGGCCGCCCCUAGCGCCGCCGCCGGCCUGCCCUGCUGCGUGCCCGCGCGCCUGUCGCCCAUCUCCGUGCUCUUCUUCGACAACAGCGACAACGUGGUACUGCGGCACUACGAAGACAUGGUGGUGGAUGAGUGCGGCUGCCGCUGACCGGGGGCUGGCGGGAGGGGGCAACAAUAAACACUG